CCACUGCGGAAAACGCCAUGUGGCAACACGCCUGCAUUUUGCCACGUUCGCUCAGUUGCUCAUUCAUUCACUUUACUUGGAGUUGAUAUCCGCUUCGUCUGGAGACACGCCAAGUUGAUCAAACUGGAUUUUGUUAAAGGACAAAUAUAGGCCGGAUUUUUUGGAUUUUACAGUACAUGUUACUGUAACGACUUGGAACGAAAAAGGACUCUUCUCUUUUUUUAAGUAAUGCAAGCAGCAGUGAUGGAGGAAUCUAACGCAACUACUAUUGAGCAACAACCAAACGCACUCAACAAUGGCCAGGAGCUGGUGUCGUCCAACGAUCAGCCAUCGUCGCCCACUCCGGUAGCCACGCCCACCAGCAGCACCGGCACCGACAAUGCCCAGCCCACGUUUAGCUAUGACGAUCUGUUCCCGGCUUUGCCGACGAACUCGUCAUCAGGCGCACCCCUUGCAGCGCCCGCAAUUGCGCGUGUAACUAGCUCGCAGAAAACUCAGGUUCUGCAUGUGCCUAUGGAGGAGCGCAAAUCGACGGAAUCGGAGAAAUUCGGCGAAGGCGAAUCGAAGCGCAUUUGCCAGCAGAUAACGAAGGAGACGGGCGCUCAGAUUGAGAUUGUCAGUGGCAAGAAUCAAUCGCUAACGUUCCUGAUCAAGGGCAAGCAGAGCGAGUUGCUCGAUGCGCGUCGUAAGAUCCUCAUGAGCUUCUCGACGCAGGCCAGCCGUCAGGUGAACGUGCCUCGUGAGCAUUAUCGCGUCAUCCUGGGCAAGCGUGGCGACCGCCUGCGUGAACUGGAGCGUGCUACAUCGACUCGCAUCAAUAUCCCACAUCAGGGUGAUGAGAGCGAUGUGAUCACCAUUGCCGGCACCAAGGAGGGCAUCGAGCGGGCCGAGCAGGAGAUACGCCAAUUGUCUGCGGAGCAGUUUAAAAAGUCAUCGGAUCGGAUAUCGGUGCCGAAGAUCUAUCAUCCGUUCAUUGUUGGCCCCUAUAAUGAGAAUCUGAACAAGCUGCAGGAGGAGACAGGCGCCAAGAUCAAUGUGCCGCCGCAGCAGGUGCAAAAGGAGGAGAUCAUUAUUUCGGGCGAAAAGGAUGCUGUUGCCGCUGCCAAGGCCAAGGUGGAGGCCAUCUACAAGGAGAUGGAAAAGAAAUGCUCGACGGUCAGUGUUGAGGUGGCCAAGCCACAGCAUCGCUAUGUAAUCGGACCCAAGGGCUCAACCAUUGCUGAGAUCCUCCAGUUGACGGGCGUUUCCGUUGAGAUGCCACCCAAUGACUCAAUCUCGGAGACGAUUACGUUGCGUGGUCCUCAAGUCGCUUUGGGCAAUGCUCUCACUGUUGUCUACCAGAAGGCCAAUUCGGUGAAAUCGGUGGAGAUCAAUGCACCGCAUUGGAUCCAUAAGUAUGUGAUUGGACGCAAGGGUGCGAAUAUGAAGCAACUCGAAGAGGAUUGCCCCAAUGUCAAUGUUAAUUGCUUGGAGGACAAGAUCAAGCUAGAGGGUGAUCCCGAGAAUGUGGAUCGGGCUGUCACGUACUUGAACGACAUCAUACGCAACUAUGAGGAGAACUUCACUUACGAGGUGAUGACUGUGAAUCCAUCGUACUACAAGCAUAUUAUUGGCAAAGCGGGCGCCAAUGUGAAUCGCCUCAAGGAUGAGCUGAAGGUGAACAUCAACAUUGAGGAGCACGAAGGCCAGAAUAACAUACGCAUCGAAGGCCCCAAGGCCGGUGUGCGUCAAGCGCAUCGAGAAUUACAAGAAAAAAUCGACAAACUGGAAAAUGAAAAGUCAAAGGAUGUCAUCAUCGAUCGUCGGCUGCAUCGCUCUAUCAUCGGUGCCAAGGGCGAGAAGAUUCGUGAAGUCAAGGAUCGUUAUCGUCAGGUGACAAUUACGAUACCGACACCCCAGGAGAAUACUGAUAUUGUUAAGCUGCGCGGUCCCAAGGAGGAUGUGGACAAAUGCCAUAAGGAUCUAAUGAAGCUGGUCAAGGAAAUCCAAGAGUCAUCGCACAUCAUCGAAGUGCCAAUAUUCAAGCAAUUCCAUAAGUUUGUCAUUGGCAAGGGCGGCGCCAACAUCAAAAAGAUUCGUGACGAGACCCAAACGAAAAUCGAUCUACCCGCCGAAGGCGAUACCAACGAGGUGAUUGUCAUCACUGGCAAAAAGGAGAACGUACUGGAGGCCAAGGAGCGCAUUCAAAAGAUUCAGAACGAACUCUCCGAUAUUGUUACUGAAGAGGUGCAAAUAUCGCCCAAGUACUACAACUCCAUCAUUGGCACCGGUGGCAAGCUGAUUUCCUCCAUCAUGGAGGAGUGUGGCGGUGUAACCAUCAAGUUCCCCAACAGCGACUCCAAGAGCGAUAAGGUCACGAUUCGCGGUCCCAAGGAUGAUGUGGAGAAAGCCAAGGCACAGUUGCUGGAGCUGGCCAAUGAGCGGCAACAGGCCUCGUUUAGCGUGGAGGUGCGCGCCAAGCAGCAGCAUCAUAAAUUCCUGAUUGGCAAGAAUGGUGCAUCCAUACGCAAGAUUCGUGAUGCGACGGGCGCACGCAUCAUUUUCCCCUCGAACGAUGAUACUGACAAGGAGGCCAUCACUAUCAUUGGCAAGGAGGAGAGCGUGAAGAAGGCCAAAGAGCAGCUCGAGGCGAUCAUCAAGGAGUGCGACGAGGUUACUGAGGGCGAGGUUAUCGUUGAUCCCAAACAUCAUAAACACUUUGUGGCCAAGCGUGGCUCCAUCCUGCAUCGCAUAUCGGAGGAGUGUGGCGGCGUUAUGAUUUCCUUCCCACGUCCUGGCACCAACUCCGAUAAGGUGACCAUCAAAGGCGCCAAGGAGUGCAUCGAGGCGGCUAAGCAACGCAUCGAGGAGAUUGUUGCCGAUCUGGAGGCGCAGACAACCAUUGAGGUGGUCAUACCUCAGCGUCAGCAUCGCACCAUUAUGGGUGCACGCGGCUUCAAGGUGCAGCAGGUCACCUCCGAGUUCGAUGUGCAGAUCAAGUUCCCCGAUCGUGAUGCUACAGAGCCCGUCGAACAUCUAACCAAUGGCGUCAAUGGCGACGGUGAGGCCAGCGGGGAGGGUGAGCCAGCGGCGGAGCCGGUGCGUCAAUGCGAUGUCAUUCGCAUCACCGGACGCAUCGAGAAGUGCAACGCAGCAAAGCAGGCGCUGCUCGAUCUUAUACCCAUCGAGGAAGAGCUGACAGUUCCUUUCGAUCUGCAUCGCACCAUAAUUGGUCCGCGUGGCGCUAAUGUGCGUCAGUUUAUGUCCACGCACGAUGUCCAUGUGGAGCUACCGCCCAGCGAUCUAAAGUCGGACAUCAUCAAGGUCUCUGGCACGCCGGCUCGUGUGGCGGAAGCACGCGAAGCGCUCGAAAAGAUGAUUGCGGACUAUGAGGCAGAUCGGGCUGAUCGCGAACUGCGCUCGUAUGUGCUCCAGAUUGAGGUCGAUCCGGAAUAUCACUCGAAGCUCAUCGGUCGCCAGGGUGCAGUCAUUAAUAAGCUGCGCGCCGAUUAUGAUGUCAAUAUCUCGCUGCCUAAGCGGGACGAUCCCAAUCAGCGCAUUAUUUCCAUAACCGGCUACCAGGCCAAGGCCGAGGCAGCUCGUGAUGCCAUCCUGGAGAUUGUCGGUGAAUUGCAGACGUUGCAUCGUGAGGUCAUCGAAAUUGAUACGCGCAUCCAUUCGCACAUCAUUGGACAUCGUGGACGCACCAUCCGCAAGGUCAUCGAUGAUUACAAGGUGGACAUAAAAUUCCCAUCAUCGGAUGAUGCUCAAGCCAAUCCAAAUGCUGUGACCAUCAUUGGCAAGGAGGAGGAUGUGGAGAAUGCCAAGGAAAUGCUCUUGAGCAUGGCUGAGGAUUAUGAGCGCGAUUACUUGGAGAAUUUGCCGCCAUCGCCGCAACCGCAAACGGUGGGCGCCUUUCUCACUGGUGGCGCUGGCGCCAGCUCCGGUUCGGGCGGCGGCAACGGCGGCAAUAGCAAUGAGAACGGUUUCAUCAUGAAGGAUGCGCCGUGGGAGAAGAAACAGCAAGCCAAGAAUCUAAUUGCGCCCAAUACCCAAUCGCAGGAGGAUUUCCCGGUAUUUGCUGCCGGCGGUGCUUCUGUAGCGGCCACGCCCAUUACCUCGGUGUGGGGGCCGAAGAACUAAGAGAGAGUUAAUAGUCCAAUCAGCGCCAGCUGCAGAAAGCGACGGGGAUUCGGGGUAAACGAAACGGAACAGAACGGGCGGGCGGGCGUGCUCGGUCGGAGUCCUUAGUCGAAAACUAGUGUCAAAAACAAAAACAAAAAUAUGGUACAGGUUGUCUCUCUCCCUCUCACUAUCACCUUCUGUCUCGCACAUACUUCUCCUUCACACACUCUCCCAGGAGCUUUUCUACAAUGCAAUUCAGAAAGAAAC